AUGUCGACGCCCACCGUCUAUCUCGUCUCAGGCGCGAACCGCGGCAUAAAUGACUGCCUUGCCCUCGUCACCGCCCUCGCCGCGCGUCCCGACACCAUCGUUUUCGCUGGCGCGCGUCAGCCUGCUUCCGCGACCGAGCUCUCCAAGCUCGCCGCCGCGCACCCGGGUAAGGUGCACGUCGUGUCCCUUAUCUCCGCGGACAAGGAGAACAACCUAGCAGCGGUGGAAGUGAUCCGGAAGGAGGCUGGUCAUCUCGAUGUCGUGAUUGCGAAUGCGGCGGUGGGCGACGCGCACGAGGGGGCGCUGGAGGUGAAGAGGGAGGAUAUGAUCAGGCAUUUUGAUAUCAACGUCAAUGGCCCGCUUCUACUAUUCCAAGCAACCUACCCGCUGCUGAAAGAGAGCAGGGUGCCCAAAUUCGUCGCGCUCACCUCGCCGAUGGGCAGCAUCCACACCGGCGCGUCGUGGCCUGGCGGGCUGUACAACUACGGCGCGUCGAAGGCGGCGAUGAAUUGGGUUGUGCGCAAGCUGCACCACGACUUCCAGGAAAUCGUGGCCUUCCCUAUCAGCCCUGGCUUCGUCGAAUCAGACAUGUCGCAGGAGGUGCUGCAAUACGAGCCGUGGAUGGCCAACAUCCCGCGCAUCAAGCAGGAGGAAAGCGUGAACGGGAUCCUUGCGCAAGUGGACAAGGCGACGCGGGAGACGCACGGUGGCAAAUUCAUUGAUUAUACUGGAGUCAAGGAGUGGAAUUGGUAGACUGGCGAGAAUCGGAUAUACAUUACAGAUGAAGAAGGUACAGGGAUGUAAAGAUAAUCGUUAUUUUGUGGUAUAGUAGGAUCUAGGAGAAGACGGUUAG